AUGCCUGAAGGGGGCAGGAGUGACAUCAUGCCUGAAGAGAGCAAGACCGACAACAUGCCUGAAGAGGGCAGGAGUGACAACAUGCCUGAAGGGGGCAGAGGCGACAACAUGCCUGAAGAGGGCAGGCGCAACAACAUGCCUGAACAAGGCAGGAGCGACAACAUGCCUGAAGAGGGCAGAGGCGACAACAUGCCUGAAGAGGGCAGGGGCCGCAACAUGCCUGAAGAGGGCAGGGUCGACAACAUGCCUGAAGGGGGCAGGGGCGACAACAUGCGUGAAGUGGGCACAGGCGACAAUAUGCCUGAAGUGGGCACGGGCGACUACAUGUCUGAAGAGGGCAGGAGCGACAACAUGCUUGAAGAGGGCAGGGGCGACAACAUGCCUGAAGUGGGCACGGGCGACAACAUGCCUGAAGUGGGCAGGGGCGACAAAAUGCCUGAAGUGGGCACGGGCGACAACAUGUCUGAAGAGAGCAGGAGCGACAACAUCCCUGAAGAGGGCAGGGGCGACAACAUGCCUAAAGGGGGCAGGGGCGACAACAUACCUGAAGAGGGCAGGGGUAACAACAUGCCUGAAGAGGGCAAGGGCGACAACAUGCCUGAAGGGGGCUAG